AUGAAAAAACCAAGAUCCGCAGAGGUGUUCACAUUCCACAGAGCUCUAGUAAAAGUACCAGGGGUCGAACUGAUACAAUUAAACCAUGAGGGGUCCAGAUGCAAUUAUAAGAAAAUCCGCUUUAAAUUUACAUCCGCCUUCGAAGUGACUUUUGCGGCCAACCGUUCUCUCCGUCGAGGGCUCAAUUCAACCACAGAUUUGCUCCACGUUCAUGAAAGAGGGAUGAUGAAGUCUGCUGGACAUGCUUUGCUUUCUUCUUUUACACCUCCUUAUAUUUUCCCCAAAAAUAACUAUCGCAGAUUCCCUCCAAAUUUACUUUGUGGAACUUCAUCUUCUAAAUCAAGGAAGUUAUACGCAUACCAACAAAACCAUCAUUCACAUCCAAAAUCUUCAAUGGUUGUGGAACAGUAUUUACCUCCUUGGUUCAGUGUUGCCCCAAUGAUGGAAUGGACAGAUAAUCAUUAUAGAACUAUGGCCCGCCUUGUAACUAAACAUGCAUGGCUCUAUACAGAAAUGCUUGCUGCAGAAACAAUUGUUUAUCAGGAGAAGAAUUUGGACAGAUUUCUAGCUUUUUCUCCAGAACAACAUCCGAUUGUUCUUCAAAUUGGUGGAAAUAACUUGGAAAAUCUUGCAAAAGCAACUCGACUAGCAAACAGAUAUGGCUAUGAUGAAAUUAACUUAAAUUGUGGAUGCCCUAGUCCAAAGGUAGCAGGACAUGGUUGUUUUGGUGUUCGUCUUAUGCUUGAUCCAAAGUUUGUUGCUGAGGCUAUGUGUGUGAUUGCUGCUAAUACGGAUGCUCCAGUUAGUGUUAAAUGUCGUAUUGGUGUUGAUGAUCAUGAUUCAUAUGAACAACUCUGUGAUUUUAUAUAUAAAGUUUCUUCUCAAUCGCCAACUAGGCAUUUCAUAAUACAUUCAAGAAAGGCAUUACUUAAUGGCAUUAGCCCUGCUGAUAAUCGCAAAAUUCCUCCUUUGAAAUAUGAGUACUUCUACGCCCUCCUUCGCGACUUUCCAGACCUCCGGUUUACAAUUAAUGGAGGCAUAAAUAGCAUCGAUGAGGUACGCGCAGCACAACAAGAAGGAGCUCAUGGUGUUAUGGUUGGUCGUGCUGCCUAUCACAAUUCAUGGUCCAUGUUAGGGAAUGUUGACACUGCAAUAUAUGGGGCCCCACCUAGCGGUGUCACUCGUCGUCAGGUGUUGGAGAAGUAUCAGGUGUAUGCAGAUUCAGUCAUAGGAAUGUAUGGAAAUAGUAAACCAAGUCUCCGUGAUUUGGUUAAGCCUUUAUAUGGACUAUUUUGGGGGGAGCCAGGAAAUGGUGUGUGGAAGCGCAAUGCGGAUUCUGCUUUCCAUCAAUGCAAGACAUUCAAAUCUCUGAUGGAGGAGACUAUAAUGGCAAUUCCUGAUUCAGUAUUGGAUUCACCCAUUGUUGCUUCAUCAUCUACAACUCGUGUAGAUAAAUUUCUUGAUUCCAAGAAUUUGCUACCAUUGCCUUAUACACCCAAGGAACAAGAACAAGAACAUGAGUUGUUGUAUGCUUAGGGGUUAUGUGAUAACUUCUUAAUGGAACCAUUAAGAGGUUGAAGUCAUUGGACACUAAAUGGUUUAGUUUUAUCGAACAAUCUCUUAGUUUGUGAUCACAUUACAAAUUUUUGUUCCAUAACCUUAUACUUGUGCACUAGUUGAAAUUCUUUAGGGAGAGAGAUCCAAUAUCUCUUAUAAACUAUAUACAAUAUACACCCAAGAAAAUUGAACAACUUGGAAUGUUAAUCCCUUA